AUGAAACAAGGCAACUUGACUGUUGUUGAGUAUGCUUCCAAGUUCAUACAACUGGCAAAGUACUAUCCACACUACAGUGCUAAUACUGCUGAAUUUUCCAAGUGUGUCAAGUUUGAGAACGGGUUGCAUCCUGAAAUCAAGAGAGCUGUAGGAUAUCAGCAGAUCCAGGACAACAAAGCUUAUUCAACUUACUAUAAGAGACUGAAUGAGAAGAAGAGGAAAAAUCAGGACAAUGGAAAGCCUUAUGCUAACCCAGCUGGUAAAGGGAAGCAUAAGAUUUCUGACGAGAAGAAUCCAAGUGGGGGAGGAGCUUCUUCUUUGGUUAAGUGCUAUAGGUGUGUUGAAUCAGGUCACCGCUCCAAUGAAUGUGAGAACAAAGUGCUGAGAUGUUAUAAAUGUGGUAAGACAUGUUAUCGUGCUUCUGAAUGCAAGAAUGAUAGUCCGACUUGCUUCAAUUGUGGUGAACAGGGUCAUUCAGUAUCUAGUUUCAGAAGCCAAAGAAAGAAGCUACUACUCAGACUAAUGCUAAUUGCUAUUAUUGAUACUGGUGGUACUUAUUCAUUUAUUUCGCUUGAAUGUGCUACUAAGUUGGAAUUGAAAUUAUCUGAUAUGAAUGGUAGAAUGGUGAUAGAUACUCCAGCUAGUGAUUCUGUUACUACUACAUAUAUUUGUUCGAAAUGUCCUUUGACUAUCUUUGGUAAAAGUUUUGUGAUGGAUUUGACUGUGAAAUUCCCUGAUUUUAGUGAUAGUGGAAAGCUGAUGUUUUUGUCGGCUAAACAAGUGGAAGAGCUAUUGAAGGAUGAAUCAGUGAUGCUUUCUAUGUUUGCGUCAGUGCAAGUUGACCGUGAAGUUGCAAGUAUUGAGUUUCCGGUUGUUCGUGAAUUUCCAUAUGUGUUUCCGGAUGACAUCAGUGAUUUGCCUCUGGAACGUGAAAUAAAGUUUACGAUUGAACUAGUUCCAGGUACGAUUCUGGUGUCGGUGGCUCCUAAUAGGAUGUCAGCUUCAGAACUAGGUGAAUUGAAGAAACAAUUGGAAGAGUUACUUGAAAAGAAAUUUGUUUGA